ACAUCAGCUCUGAGACACAGGGGUGCAGGGGAACCGCAGUAUGCUCCAGGACCGGUUAUAAGCUCCACAGUACCAGCACAUAACGCUUCAGUAUGGUGGAGAACCGCUCGGUGACGGCGCUGGUGAUCGCCGCGGUGCUCAGCCUGCUCGCCUCGGUUUACCUGUCCGCCGCCGUGUGCACGCGCUACUGGUACCUGUACACGAGCCCGGCCGUGCGUCACGAGCACAACGCCACCGAGCUGCGCGCGCUGCACGAGGAGUUCAGGAACGGAGAGGAGUUCGACGAGAAGAGCACCAGCGACGGGCUGUUCCUGCUCAACGGUACCGUGGGUCUGUGGGGGGUCUGUGUUAGUGUACCUGCUGAUACCACAACCCAGUGGUACAAGGAACCAGACCCUCAGAUGGUGAUGGAGUGUGUGAGUUUCACCCUGUCUCACCAGUUCACGCCCAAGUACAAAGAGCCAGGAAACCAUAACAGUGGAGAGGACAUGAUACGCACCUAUCUCUGGAGGAGUCAGUUCCUCCUGCCGCUGCUCUCGUUGGCUCUGGUGUUUUUGGGGGGGCUCGUUGGAUUCUGUGCUUGUAUGUGUCGUAGUUUCAGUCCCACCCUGGGCAUCGGACUCCUCCACCUUCUCGCGGGUGUGUGUUCUCUGGCCUGUGUGUGUUGUUUCAUGGCCGGGAUGGACCUGCUGCACCGCGUCUCGGUCAUCCCCGAUCAGGUGGACGGCUCUCUGGGUUGGUCGCUGUACCUGGCGCUCAUCUCCUCUCCCCUGUACAUGAUGGCGGCCGCGCUGCUGAUGUGGGCCGCACGGAACCAGGGCAAGAGCUACGAGCACAUCGCUGCCUACCGGGUGGCAUAGAGCCUGGCAUCAAUCCCACAAUGCCCAGCACUACACGUAAAUACACUGUACGGACAAAAGUAUUCUGUACCCCUAAUAAUAUGUCUUUCCACAACAGUUGCUAACCAGUGUAAUAGAUCAAUCAUAUAAAGGGAAUCAUUUGCUUCUGACUUUGCAGCAACAGUUUA